AUGCCGAGCGAGUUCAACACAGAAGCUUUCACCUUACUUGGGGUCGGAGCCCUUGUCGUGGUCGCACGGACGGUCUCCAGAGUGUACCUGGCUGGCUUUAAGGGACUAUGGGCUGAUGACUAUUUGAUGCCCUUUGCUACCGUCGUUUACGGACUCGAGACUGCAACGGCCUAUAUUGUCGGAGCCUGGUGGCAUGGCCUUGCCAAUAAUGGCAUGACGGAUGAACAACGUCGGACGUUAGACCCCAAUUCCCAAGAAUACGAAUACAGAGUAAACGGCUCCAAGACCCAGUUGGUGGGAUGGAGUCUUUACACACUGUUGCUGUGGACAUUGAAGCUAUGCAUGACCAUCUUCUAUCACAGGUUUACACAAAGCCUGGAGUACAUGAGACCGCGCAUUCUCGUCGCCUAUGGGCUUGUCAUCUCGACCUAUCUGGCAACCGAACUGUCUAUUUUGUUGGGAUGCCAUUCGUUCCACAAGAACUGGCAGAUAUACCCUGACCCUGGCAAUCACUGCCAGCCAGCAAUCUCCAGAAUCGACCUUUACGUCACUGUCAUCCUCAACGUGCUUUCCGACCUAUACCUUCUCUCCAUUCCUAUCCCGCUGCUGUGGAAAGCGGAUGUGCCACUAGUGAGCAAGCUAUCUCUAAUGUUCAUUUUCGGCGGCGCCGUCUUUGUGAUGGCAGCUGGCAUCUUGCGUGCUGCUCUUGUCAUUCAUGAUCCUAUCGGAGGAGCUUCGGCUGCUGGCAGCUGGGCUGUACGUGAGACCUUUGUCGCCGUCGUCGUGUCCAACUUGCCUAUGGUGUACCAAGGUCUGCGACGCCUCACCAAGGCUGUUGCGACGAGCAGUCUCUUCUCGAAAAUGUCGAGGUCCCGUUUGGGCUACAGCAGGUCCACCGACGAGCCUGACUUUGAAAUGGUGGCUUCACCGACAUCAAAGUCUGCGCCCCAGCUUGCUGCCUUCGAGACCCAACAAGAGUUCUUCAAAUCAUCAUGA